AUGCCCAAUAGCGCUUUUUACAAUUGUUUUCACAGUAGGUGGUACAAAAACGUGAGUUUGUUUCAAAUUCCAGUUCCUCGUAAUUCAGACAGCGAAUUUACUUUUCAUCGUAAGGAAGAAGCACGAAACGGUUGGAUUAACGCGAUAUUACGAACGAGACAGUUGGAUGCGAACUUGAAGACACAGAUCGAAAACAACAACAUACAUAUUUGUGAGAGUCAUUUUAAAGAGGAGUACAUUGAAAACUUUUCCGAAAGGAAGUCCCUCCAAACUGGUUCAAUUCCAACAGAAAAUCUCCCCGUCAAAAGCUUCGAUCAUCUUAGCACAAGCUUCACUAGUGCGCCGAGAAAAGAACCAGCUCCAAGGCAUGUUUCUCAAGAAACUACAAUUAUAUAUGCCUCUCUUGAUAAGUUCGAUGCAUAUUUGAAAAAAGCUGGAAG